CCCACCGGCCGCCUCCUUCGAUCCACCACCUCGCAGACCAUCGAUACUAUUCUCAAGUGGGUGCUCACCAGCAUAAUUGAGUGCUUCCUGAUUGCUACGGAAAACAAUUUCGAAGACCUCAUUCCAAGUCCAUCCCGCCAGACCAAGCCACACACACACACACACACACACACACACACACACACACAACAUGGCAUCCCAGCAAGCCUACCCCGUUCUCCCGAAGAACCUGCUCAUCAUCUCUCUGAAGAUGUACUUUACACCUACUCGCACCCUCGACUACUGCCGUGCUCUUCUCGACCCCCAAAAUGACAUUGUCCGCCCGGAGAACCGCUCCAAGCUGCUACUGGCCCUCAUUCCUGACUACCUGACCAUAUACCCUUGCGCAGAGAUCAUCAAGGCCUGGGAGUCCACUCUUCCGAAGGAUGACAACCCCUCCUUACCGGCCCCAUUCCUGCUCGGGGCUCAGGACUGCUUCUGGGAGCCCUUGGGCGCUUACACCGGCGAAGUCUCACCCCUGGCGCUCCGCUCCAUGGGCGUCUCCAUUGUCGAACUAGGCCAUGCAGAACGCCGCGACAUCUUCGGCGAGACAGACGAGCAAACCGGCCGUAAAGCCGCCGCCGCAUGUGCCCAGGGCAUGGUUCCGUUGGUCUGCAUCGGGGAAAUCACCGCUCCAGGCCCCGUGGCCUCACAGGCUAUCGGCCAGGCCGUCAGCGAAUGCGGGAUCCAGAUCCAGGCCGUCCUCAAGGCUAUCCCCGCGGAUGCGCCGGUCAUUUUCGCCUACGAACCGGUGUGGGCAAUUGGGAAGCCCGCGCCCGCGGGCGUGGAUCACAUCUCGGCAGUGGUGGAGGGCAUCAAGGCGGUGAUUGGCACCCGCGCGGGGGAGGUCCGGAUCCUGUACGGGGGAAGUGCCGGACCCGGUCUGUGGGGCCCGGGCGGCCUGGGGAAGGCCAUCGAUGGCAUGUUCCUGGGCCGGUUCGCGCACGAGGUCGAAGGGGUCCGCAAGGUAGUCAGGGAGGUCGAGGAGACAUUGGCUUGAGCGGUUCGGAUUCAGGUGCUCGGACGAAAGUACACCACUACUGCUAGACGUGGGGAAUCUCAUCACGCGGGAUACAGAAAUUUAGACAUCCCCAUUUCUAUUGAUUAUACGGAGUAUGCUCUGGUGAUAU